AUGGGCCGUCUGAACGAUGAGCGGAAAUUCCGCUUCAAAUCACAUAACCGAGUCCGAGCCAAGCAACAGUUCAUGCUUGCUCAGCGCAAGGAGCGCGACCAAGCUCGUUUCUCUCAAUGGACACAGCACCGCAACGUGCCACCUUCGCCUGUCGUUUGCUCCCCCGUCAGCAACAAGGAGAACAUGUCGUUGGAUCACAUCACAGACCCGCGCAAGCGAAAGCUGCUAUUGUGGCAAGCAGAGCGUCGCCGCCAACAACAGCACUCGGACGCCAAGAAUUCAAACAAGAAGCCUUUUGUUGUGUCCUCCCGCCCACUGCAGUCCUUCAACUUCUCUGCAGCACCCAGUCUUGCGAGCAUGACCAAGCCCUUUGCCUUUGGUGCUGCCAGCAACAGCCGCAGGACAUCAGGAAAUGACCAGCGUAUGGGCGUGGGCGCGUUUAACACUGCCCCAGGUCCUUUUGUGUUUCAGGCCACGCAACCUACGGCGCCUCUGUUUCAGCACCAGCCCGUGAUUGAUGUUCAGCAGCCCUCCAAAGAUGUCCCAGAGACACCCACAAGUGAUGCUUUGCAGACCAAGGUUCAGAUCGCCUCACCAGUGGCGCUCGCUGACCCUCUGAUGGCCACCAGCACUCCCGCCUUGGCGCGCGGUGCAGCCAAGAGCCUGGCUUAUGAGGCCAGCAAUAGCCCUAAUGCGCUCCUGGAGAAACUUGAGGACUGCUGCCUCGUCGGCCCCCGUGACACGGCUUCGCCCACGCGCCCCACGACCAGUGGCAGCCAACGACUGUCAAACACAACCAUCACUUCAGAUCUAUCCGACCAAGAAGUGACAGCUGCCACCAGCGAUGAGACACCAGAGACAGCGAAGGGUCUGAGUUAUCAAAGCAUUGAAUUUUUCGAGUCUCAGCUGCAAUGUCAACUGCGCUACCUGGCUGAGCUCUGCAACAAGUGGGAAGCGAUGACUCCCGAAGCCGAUGCCGUCAACUCGGAGAGCGGUGAUGAGAUUCGUGCCACUAUUGGGCAAGCACGUCUUUUGAGUCGCAAAAAGCUCUCCAAGUUUGAAUCCCUCUGCCAGGACUGCCGCCAGGGGGGUCGCACGAAACUGAGUGAUCUGGACGGGUAUUGGGACGCGUGUGUCCAGCCUCAAGUUGAACAGCUGCAAAAGCGCUUUGAAAACUUGGACAUGCUGAAGAACAAUGCCUGGCAGCCGGCAGAGGAUGAACCUGCCGCUCCCAAAAAGAAGCGCGUCAAGAAAACCAAGAGCACACGCAAGGCGUCGGCAGCUCAGGCACCGGCUCGCGUGUCACAGGCGCGUGCCUUUAUUCAGCGCAUGCGCGCCCGCCGCCAGCAGGACGAUGCGUCAGACGCAGCUUCUGAUAUGGCCCAGCCAAUGGCAGCGGCCAGCGCAACCAACGCGCCGGGCCCUUCAGGCAACUUUGGAUCGACCACGGCUGAGGUUAACGGCUCAACUGUUGUGUUGACACCGAUGCGCGCCAGUCGCAAAGAGCAGGAAGUGCUGGGUUCAGAGGUCGUGUUGACGCCCGUGCGUCGUUCCACACGCCAAACACCUUCCAAGUACCGACGUCCAGCACCAACAGCUGAUGCUGACCCGGCCAAUGUGGCAUACAAGCCGAACCCAGCGGUAGCCAAGCUGAUCGAGGUGGCCACCCCCCCACCUGCCAUGCGCAGCCGUCGUGCCUCUGCCUUUGCAAACUCUGAUUCCCUGCUCUCCCCACUCUUGGCCCCUGAAACCCCAUUGGCCCAGACGGUGCGCAUGUCCAUGACGGCAUCCGCCCAGCCUGCUUGCCAGUCACCUGCUUUGGGUGAUGGGAACGUCAACGAUCUGGAUGCGCUUUUGAUGGAAUCACCGCUUCCCGCGGCUUCACGCAACGGCCAGGCAGACCUCAUUGCUUUUACGCCAACGCGGUCUGUGGGUCGCGCGGCCCAUCGCCGCUCGGCUCUUCAGCGCACCCCCUUUUCUGCUCGCAAGCGGAUCGCACCCCAAGACAGGGACAUGGACGAAGAGAAUCAAGAGACAGGCAGCGUCAUCCGCUUUGCUCGUACGACGCCUUCCCGCCGCGUGCGAGAUGAACUAGGCACCGAAGUUGUUUUCACACCCGUGCGCCGCUCGGCUCGUAUUGCUUCGACCAACGCCACACCUCUGGGCGGCUCUUCGCUGCGUACUGUGUUGAGCAGUCUGAGUGAGGUGCCCCCAACGCUUGAUUUUGGCUACAUGCCAAAUGAAUCGUUGAGUGUGCGCAAGUAGUGACGCGGCCACAGCAGGUUGCCACCCGAAGCUCACAUCAUGCCUGUCCUCAAUCGGCUCGCCGUUUUGAAUUCUGAAUCUUGUACAUUAGUCAAUCUCAACUGUGGUCUUAUCUUGGUCCCUUCCAUGAUCAAGCAAGCCUAUCAUUUUGUGGAUUGAGAUGAUUUUCAUCCUGGAGAAAUUUCUGCGUCUGUGCACACUAGUUAAAUGUACC